GCAAGAUACUUUAAAAACUAUUUCUCAUUUUAUAUAAUGUAUUUGGCUGUCAUGGGCCAAGAGAUUUCAUACUGUAAUUUUACCUAUUACGUGAAAAAACGUAUUAUUGGUCUAAACUCUGCAAUACAACAAGAGAUCAACAGGAAGCCUGAUGUAUUUCUGCAAAAAAUGGAUGUUAAAAAAACUCCUGAUUCUAAAUUGCUGAUAGGGGUUGAAGGAGAUGUCUUGGAGAAUUAUAUAUUCACAGGAAAAACCUACUCUACUAUUAAUGAGCUCACGCCUCAAAAAAUUAGCACUUUCAUCAGGGUACAUGCAGAAAUAUAUAAUUCUGUCAACUACAUCAAUGAUUGUUUUGGAUAUCCUCUCUUGUUUAUAAUGACCAGCUGUCUUAUGCAUCUCGUCAUAUUACCAUUUAUGUUCAUUACUGGAAAUAAUUAUAGGCCUCUCUUUAUAUGCCUCCAAAUUCUUUGGAUUUCUGUUAACAUUGGAAGGCUGUUUAUCAUCGUAGAACCAACUCACAGAUGUCUAGAAGAGUAUGAGAAGACGAACCCAUUGGUUGUGCGCCUGUUGAGCAAAGUUGAGAAUAAAGAGGUCAAACAAAAGCUUGAGAUUUUAGCUUUACAAGGCCAGCUGUGUAUAUUGAAUUUCAAUUCAUGUGGAAUUGUCACUAUAAGAAGGCCUAUUCUUGCUUCACAUGCAAAGACCAAGUUCUUGAUUAUUCAACUGAUGAAACAAGCCAAAGAUGGACAGUUGAGAAAACAGGUAAAACUUUUGAUUCAGUUGAUAAUGUUCGAAAGUCACAUACAGGUGGUUCACAUCAACGGGUCACUGGAUUUUGUGGCUUAUCCUUCGAGCAAUAUUAAAAAGUGA